AUGCAGGUGGUUGUCCCCUUUGCGUCACCGGGCGACGAGCUGCAGGUGGAGAUCUGGGAGCGAGACGUCCAGUCUCGAGACAAGUGGGCAGCUCAGCAGCCUCGGGACGCCUGGCCAAUUUUCGGGCAACAAGUGGAGCUUGAGAAGCCCGGUGACGAGCGCGUGCAGCCUCUGUGUAGCAAGUACUUUGGCGUGUGUGGCGGCUGCAAGUUGCAGCACGUGAGCUACGCGCAGCAGCUUCGAGAGAAGCAAGACUGGAUUCAGGAGCUCUUCGCAGAGCGCCAGCAUUCUCCUGACAUGGAGAUACGGCAGAUACUUGGCGUUGAGAAUGGGGACGGCCAGGGUGGCAUCUACCACUACCGUAACAAGAUGGAGUUUACUUGCAGCACAGGUCGCUGGUUGCUGGACGAGGACAAGCCUGUGGAAGCCAAUGGCGACGAUGCGGCUCCUCCACGCUACCCGUUCACGGUUGGGAUGUUCCCUGUGGCGUCUGUGAGCGCUCGACGAUCCAAGCAGGUGCAUGGCAAGAGCAAAGCACGCCGGCGUCGAGCAGCAGUUUGGAGCCCCCGAAUUCUGUCACUCAAUGAGUGUCUGCUGCAGGGCUCAGCUUGCAACCGGUUGCUGCAGCAGCUAGUCACUCGUUGCGAGGAUGCAGGUCUGGAGGCGUACGACUUCACUUCGCACGAAGGAUUCUUAAAGCAGAUUGUGCUGCGUCGCGGAGUGAACGGCCAAGGCCGAACGGAGAUCAUGCUCGGUCUGGUGACAACGACAUUUAAUCGCGAGCCGAGUGAGCUGCUAAAGAGAAUUGUAGACGACCUUGUCCAAGAGCACGAGAAGGAUCUGCUGGCUGAGGCGGACGAUGCCCCACUGUUGGUAUCGAUUGUGAAAAGCUUGGAUAGCGAAGCCCAACGUCAUCGGCGAAGUAGAGACGAUGCCACUCCAGAUAUCGUGGAGAGCACUACGUCAGAACGUGUUCUCUAUGGCCGUCCUCACCUUGAAGACACCAUUCUGGACCACCGUUUUGAGAUCUCGUUCGACUCGUUCUUCCAGCCGAACUCUGUUCAAGCCAGUGCUCUUUACCGAGAAGUUCAAAAGAUAAUAGCGGCGAUGCCGGAGAAGCCGGUUGUGUGGGAUCUCUUCUGUGGCGUGGGCAGCAUUGGCAUUUGCAUGGGCUCCCAUGCCAAGAAAGUCAUCGGCUUCGAGCUCAUAGAGGCUGCUGUCGAGCGUGCAAAGGUUAAUGCUCGCUUGAAUGGCUACUCUUCCGAGGACAUGCAGUUCUUCUGUGUCGACUUGGCCAAGAACUGGCAGGAGGAGGAACUGCUGGAGAAAGUAGCAGCAAGCUCGGGCGAAGCUGCCAGUCUUCCAGACAUGAUAAUUGUAGACCCACCUCGAGCUGGACUGCACAAAAAGCUCAUCAAGAUGCUACGACGCAUGACGCCGCGCCACAUUUGCUACGUGUCGUGCAACCCCCACUCGCAAGUACCUGAUCUUGAGGCACUGUGCGCCAAGGCCAAGCCCGAAGCUGGAGAGCUUGGAACGUACCGCGUGCGAUACCUUCAACCAGUUGACAUGCUGCCCCACACCCCGCACACGGAGACCAUCGCUUGGCUGGAGCGUUGUGAAUAG